AUGAUUCAAACAACACAGAAUAGUUCAUUCUCUAUCACAGAAGUUAAUACAACAGUGUCUGUACAGAUGGGUACAAAGGUUCUGCUGAGAUGCUCUCCUGUUACACUGCCAAAGGCAGUAGUAAUAACCUGGGUGAUAACCCCCAGAGGUGGACCUGUCUGCAUAAUAGCCUACAAAGCAGACACAAAGGAGACCAGGGAACACAACUGUACCGAAAGGAGAAUCACCUGGGCCUCCACACCUGACCUGAGUCCUGACCUGCAGAUGACUGCAAUGGCCCUCGAGCAUGCUGAUUACUCAUGUGAGAUAGCAGCAUGUGAUGGGCAUUUCCAACAAGGACAUGACCUCCAAGUAUUAUUUCACCCUGAAGUAACCCUAUUUCUCGGCAAAAAUAGAACUGCAGUGUGCGAGGCAAGUGCAGGCAAGCCGGCUGCGCAGAUCUUUUGGACUCCAGAUGGGGACUGUGCCACUAAGAGUGACCCACACAGCAAUGGCACGGUGACUGUCAGGAGCGCAUGCCACUGGGAACAGAACAGUGUGUCUGCUGUGGUCUGCUUUGUCUCCCAUUCGACUGGCAACCGGACUCGUCCAUAGAACUGAAGAGAGGUGAUUGCCCUCCAGAUGUGUGCUUUGAGGAGGACUCUGGCUUUCAGGUUACUGAUCUUCAUCACUAUUUUGGUGCCUGAGUCACAUUGUGCAGAUAUGAAUCAAACAACACAGGACAGUUCAUUACCUGC